GUCGGGUAUGGUGACCUGGACAUCACAACUUUUCUGCCCGAGGAAAAGCUGAAGGACUUGGGCUUCGUCUUCUUUACUGAGGUUCCUGAUGAAGAUGAAGGGGCUACCGUUGGUGGUGAGUCUCAACACGCUGCGCAAGUCGAUGCUCGGGAGGAAGCCGACAUUGUUGCGGCUAUUGUUGCGUCCUUGGCCAUGGGACAGGGCUCGGGUGAUGGCCCCACUGCUUCCGAUGUGUUUGCCCCCCAGUCGUCAAGUGAGAAGAGGGCUUUUUCCCAUAUGUCCCCUCCCAGGCCUGAGUCUUCAGAGGAUGAGGAGCAUUCGUUGGAGAGGAAGAAACGCUCAGGGGAGGCGUCUGCUCCUGGGGUUGCUAGCUCUGCAGGAAUGGCAGAUCCUGCAAAAGUUGGAGUUGAGCCUGUCAGGAAAAGGGCAGAUCCUACAAAGGUUGAUUUGGCUUCCUCCUCUAAACCUUCUGGGGUUGCUGGCUCCGCAGGAAUGGCAGAUCCUGCAAAAGUUGGAGUUGAGCCCGUCGAGAAAAGGGCAGAUCCUGCAAAGGUUGAUUUGGCUUCCUCCUCUCAACCUUCUGUGGUUUCUCCAGGUAGUGCCAGCCUGUUCGACCUACUUGACCAGGCACAAGGGAGCAGGAGAAUGAAGA